UUUCUCAGUUUGUAGAGACUGACACUACUUUAUUUAUUUUCUGUUUCUUGCCACUUGUCAACGAAUAGCACUGGAAGUUAUUCAAUACAUUUCACUUUAACGAAAGAGCAGAAAAUAUUAUCAUUUGCAGUGGUUUAAACUCGGUUGUAAAUAUCUAAUAACAUUAAAGAACAGACCGCGGAAGAAAUUAUUUUUGACAUUUGGGCUGUGCUACAAUAUUGCAUAGGAGAGAUACAGGUUAUUAUGAUAUCAUCGUGUAUAAUUUGAAAGAGGAAAUAUUAACAGUGUUAAAGAAUAUUGUACUGGAGGACAAGGAAAGGUGGUGUGUCAGGUCAUAUGAUAACGCCAGUGUGUUAGACUUUUUUCGUAAAGUAUAAUUCGUUUAUUUCCAAUUAAGAAACAAUACUCAAACAUAUUUGUAAAGCUCUAGAAGAGAAAAAAUACGAUAUUAAUAAUCUCAUUGCACUGUCAAAAUAAAAUAUUACGAGCGUUAGUGAGAAUUUAUUGGAUAGUAUGUUAGGGUUUUAACAACACUGCGAGGCUGUUUUGUCCUUAGAUAUUGGUUAAGAAGCUUACAAUCGCUGUGGAUAUUGGUAGUGAAAAAGACGAUCAAUCGUAAGAAGUAUCGGAAGUUAGCAAAGUGGUUUAACUGACAGAAAUAGUUUCAACUUACGAUCUGUUAAUUGAAAAAUAAGGAAGCUUUUAUUGCUAAUGCGUCAGGAGUUUAAGUAGUACUAACUGCAAAUUAUUUAUCGAGAAAAUAUGAAUUUUACUAAGAAUAAUUAAAAGACAGAUAUAUAAUUUUAUUAAAUAAUAUGUUGAUGGAAGGAUGUCCUUUAUUUACUAAACAGUGUUUGGCUAGAUCAAGGAAAGAUGGAUUUAUAAUGCCGGUAAAUAUUUUCAAAUAGAAAAGAAUCUGUAAUGGUAACCAUGACGGGGAUUUCUGUUCAGAAUUUUAGAACGAUUGAUGUAGAAAGCUGGCUAGACCAAAACCCUGCUGCCAUGGAAGAAAUAUUUCUAAAGAAGGCUGAUAUAAAUAUAAUAAACAAAUGGUUGUCAAGGAAUGGUUACUGUCCAGCGGCACCGGAAGUAUCGGUUUCUAAACUAGGUUCAGGGUCGGAUGAUAACAACAGUGACCCUACAUCGCCUAUAGACGCUCGAGGGGAUGUGUUUUUCCCCAAGCAUGGUAGAAGUAAUUCAAAGAAGCAUCUAAGACACGAUUAUGCAAAGUCUAAAUAUAGACACAUGUUUCGGACAUAUGAGCCAUCUGCAGCUUCUGAACAAUCUGCAGACGACAGACGAGUUAGCCUAAAGGAAAUGAGAAUGUUUCGAUCACUUCCGCCAAAUUCAAGCAAUAUCUUAAGUCUUCUGAUACAGUCAAAGGUUCGUCUGCCGCGGUAUCCUAGCAAAGACAUUGACAAGAAAAGAGAAGAAAGACAUGCGAAUGAAGGUGAAUUCUUUAUGGAUAUUGUAAAGGACAUAUCAAACGACCUUAGCCUAAGGAGUUUAAGUCAGAAAAUGAUCGCAAAUAUUAGCGUACUAACUGACGCUGACCAUGCUUCAGUGUUUUUUGUAGAAGGAAAAAGGAAUAAUAAACAGUCUCUUGUGUCCAAACUCUUUGACGUCCAUUCUGGAACUCAAAUUAUGCCGACGAAAACGUCAGAUAAUAGUAUACGUGUACCUUGGGGAAAAGGAAUAAUGGGAUACGUUGCUGAACACCGAGAAAUUGUCAACCUUUCCGAAGCAAACAAGGAUCCCCGAUACAACGAUGAGGUAGACCGGAUUACUGGUUACACGACAGCUUCACUUCUCUGUAUGCCUGUGAAAAAUUCCGACGACGAUAUUGUCGCAGUCGCUCAAGUCAUCAACAAAUCUAAUGGAGUGGGAUUUACUAAAGAAGACGAAAAGCUACUGUCAGCCUACUUGUCUUACUGUGGAAUAGCCAUUUACAAUGCACAGAUCUUCGAUGCGUACAGUAAGGAAUAUGAAAGAAACAAGUGUCUUUUGGAAGUAGUCCAUGACUUAUUCGAAGAGCAGACGUCACUUGAUGACGUCAUAUUGAAGAUUAUGCAGAGAGCCCAGAUGCUUCUCAAAUGUGAACGUUGUUCUGUGUUACUCAAAGAUUCUAAUUCGGAAAAGCGUUUCAGUAAGGUGUUUGACUUGGCAUAUCCUUUGGCAAACGGAACCAGCUGUCAGUCGGCAAUAAGGUGGAAUUCAGACUCGGACGACCCACGAAGACAACAAUUUUCCCGAGCUAAACUGGAAACAGGAUCGCCACGAAACCGUUCUCACAGCGCCCCCUGUUGUACAUACCCAAGUCAAGACCCGUGUGCUGAUCUGCAGUUAGGUAACAAGAUAGCUGAACUGGUGUUGAAAACUGAAGAAACAAUAAACAUUUCCGAUGCUCAUUCCGACCCAAGAUUCGACAGAGAGACAGACACCGUAAGCGGAUACCACACCAGAUCAAUCCUCUGUAAGCCUAUUAGGAACCGAUAUGGACAAAUUAUUGGCGUUGCAGAAAUCAUAAAUCGAAUAGAUGGAUUGCCAUUUGAUGAUCAUGAUGAACAAUUAUUUGAGGCGUUCACAAUAUUUUGUGGCUUGGGGAUCAACAAUGCUCAACUAUACGAAGAAGUUGCAAUAUCUGCUGCGAAACAAACUGUGGCUCUCGAGGUUUUGUCAUACCAUGCUGGUGUCGAAUGCGAAGAAGUGGAAAAGAUCAAGGGUCAGCAUAUUCCACCGGCUCCGGAAUGGCGUUUGAAUGAGCUGACGUUUAAUGACUUUUCCCUUAACAAUGACGACAUGGUUAUGGCUGGAAUUCGAAUGUUUAAGGACCUCGGACUUACAAAGUCAUGUAGAAUAGAAAUCGGUACAUUAUGCAAAUUUCUUUUGACGGUGAAGAAAAAUUAUAGAAAUGUGGCCUACCAUAACUGGAGACAUGCCUUCAACGUCUGUCAGCUAAUGUUUGCCACUAUGCUGAAGUGCAAUCUACGCCGUCUGCUGAACAAGCUCGAGUGUCUUGCGCUAAUUGUCGGCUGCUUAUGUCAUGACCUUGACCACAGAGGUACUAACAACGCUUUUCAAGAAAAGUCAAGUUCAGCAUUAGCUCAGCUUUAUGGCACAAAGGCAACUCUAGAACAUCAUCACUUUAAUCAUGCCAUCAUGAUUAUUAACACAGAGAGUACAAACAUUUUCAGCAAUCUUUCAUCUGAAGAGUAUUCAAGUGUGAUCAACGUACUGAAACAUGCAAUACUAGCAACAGAUCUCUCAUUGCAUAUACAAGUACGGGAGAAAUGGUUUGCAAUGGUUGAGGAAGGAAGAAUAGACUGGGAUGAUAAGGCACUAAGGGAGAUCUUCAGGAGUAUUCUGAUGACAACAUGUGAUAUAGGGGCAAUUACUAAACCAUGGGACGUAUCGAGAAAGGUAGCUGAUCUUGUAAUGACAGAGUUCUUUGAUCAAGGAGAUAAAGAAAAAUCGGAAUUAAAAAUUCAGCCGCAGGCUCAUAUGGACAGAGAAAAACAAGACCAACUUCCGGCACUCCAGCUUGGGUGGAUUGAUGGUAUAUGCAGACCUUUAUACGAGAGUUGGGUAAAGUUCGACAAAUCGUUCAAGCCUAUGUUGAAUGGCGUGUUAUUAAACAGAGCAGAAUGGGAAUAUUUGGAUGCUGAAAGACUGAGUAAACAAGGAACUAGUAGGGAAUCUGUUGUUUAAAGUCAGCGCUCUCAACAAAUCUGCGAACUUAUUAACUCUUUGAUACCAUAGAACCAUCUUAGAAUGAAAUGUGCAAACCAAACAUUGCAGGCAAAAAUAUGCCAUCCAAAUGAUACACACAUUGACGGAUCACGUACAAUUUGCCUUAAAGACAAAUUCGAAGAAUUUGGAGCUCAAAUGACAUUUGUCAUUUCUAACUUCUAAUGCAUUAGAAAUAUAAGCAAACACAAAUGGAAAGCCAUUUACAGUUUACAGUGUAAGUUAAAAAGUUUUCAAAACAUCAUUUGCAUUAAGUUAUUAACUUAAAAGAUCAUCGUGUCUUUAUCAAAAGAAUUACCUAUAACGCCUAGAAGUUAAGAUAUAAUAGUUGAAAAUAAUCAUUUGACGACAUAAUCAGAAGCUAUUAGUUCAAUUUACGAGGGACAACUGGAAAGUAUUUAGGCAUCCCAUGUCCAUACAUAUACAUAUUAAACAUUACUUAAAGCACUUACAUUUUAUCUACAGAAUUUGAAAUUAGGUGUUGAGUCAUACACUAGUCAUGUUUUGCUCGGAAAUAAAGUCGGGUUUGAAGCACAGUUUACUGAUGGUUUAAAAAGUUUAAUAGUUCAAGUUUAAUUUUACCGCCCACGAUGGUCGCUGUAGUCAGCUGACAUCCCAUUUGUUAAAAUGCAUCACAGAGGAUUCUCUAUACACAUUGUAAGCUUAAGCUCGUGUUGUUGUACAUCCAGCCGUAGCUAUACAUGAGAUUUUGACAAAGCAUCUUAAACUAUGUAAAUUUAUACAAGAUUAAUACCAUCACUUCACAAAUGCGCAGAAAAACAUCAGGCUAGAAACUGUCCUCAUUUUUCUGAAAACAGAAUACAAAGGUUGCUGCAACAAAUGUAUUUUGGAGCUCUUAUCAGACGAUGAGAUUUGUCUGUAUUUUUUGAAUCCCAUGAACUACCUUCGUGCUACAUAACAACGCUGUUAAGUAGUCCAUUUUUUCAAGAAAGAAAUUUUUUAGCUUCCACAUACAUGUAAACGUUUUACACCUGAUUUGAAUCCAUCCUAAUGACUUCUUCUUACCCCCUUGACUGAAAAUUAUAAGCUGUGGGAAAGGGGGGGGGGGGGGGGGGGGUCGGGGUUGCAUCAUAAUAUCAAACAGCUCCAGAAGUCUGCAAAGAAGACUUAAGAGAUUGAUUAAGAAAGUAUGUUUGGGCUCAGGGAGAUUGCUUUGAAGAGAUAAGAUAAAAAAGUUGUACACAAAACAAACGAGAAAGAUAUAGCACUUGUCUCAAAACUUUCCAAAUGCGCCUCAUAGUCAUUCUUUUCUAUAUAUUCUAAUGUUCAGUUUUUUUUUUACUUUGGCAACCAAGGUAUUAAAUGAUGCAAAUAAAAAUGAAUAUACAACAGUCAUAAUUUCACCGAAAGAGAAAGGAUGAAAACGAAAAAGAUUAACGUCAAAUAUUUGAAGUUGUCUUUCGUUCUUAAGAGUACUGUACAUAGUUGUUGGACGACAAACUUUACAUUAUAAGCAUUAUAUUGCUGUUCCUGUGGCUUAAUGGAUUUGGCGUUUCACAGCAAAAUCUAGUCUAUCAAAUAUAAAAACUAUUUGUAUUCUAUGAAAUUAAUGUUAAGAUUGGGUGAAGAGCUAUAUUAGAUUACAAAUUUUGGAAGGCAUAACAACAGCAAUCCCUAGUGAGCAACUUGUUAUGUAGUUAUAAAUGAACUUCUGAAAAUUUUGAAAAUGUGCGGGAGAAAUGAUUGAAAAGGCAUUCAAGUGAGAAAUAACUGUUUAAUUGACGGUUGUAUCAUGUCGAAAAGUGUUAAUUGUAUUCCAAUGAUAAAUUCAUUAAAAUGUCAUAAAC